AUGCCUCAGUCUUCCCUCAAAGUGGCGGCGUCGUGUGCAGUGUCCCAGAACGUAUUGCCUCAGCCUUCCUCCACAAGCCCUUCCAAUCUAGAGGACCUCGAUGCCUUCACUGAAGAGCAGUGGCGGCAACUCCUGAUUCCAAACGGCAUUGACCACAAUGCCCUCAAUCGUCACUUUGACUCGCCUACUCGCACCCGCGGACACGGGUGCACUAUCAACUUCCACGGCAAUGGGGAUGAAAAUGCACCGUAUAUCGCUGUCUUGUGGACCGACCCUCGAGCGCAAGAUGAGGGGCAAUGGCGAUGCCAUUAUGCGUAUGCUGGCAAACCAGAACAGCCCAUAUCUCUGCUGGACAUGCACUUGAAGGGUUGGCAUGAAGCAGACUUUGACGGGAAAGAAUGGGUCGCGGAUCUUUCUGUUCCACAUGAGUCAAGAAAGACCUUUAACGUUGGAAGUGGCGCAGUCCUCGCCCUUGAACACGAAGGUAAACUGCACUUUGCGCGGUCGGUGGUCCCUGCAGCCAUGAUGAAUCCACUCUAUUCACCCAUGAACGUGUUCGACCAGUUCCCGACUCCCCUUCCCCCAACCUUGUAA